ACUCUCCACUAAAAACCCUAGUCUUUCCAUAGCAAAGCCCCAGAGGGAGACAAUAGCUGAAGGAGGAGUGAGGGCAGACAGCGCCGUACCAGAACUGAUUCAAUGGGUGCUUACACUUAUGUGUCUGAGCUAUGGAGGAAGAAGCAGUCUGAUGUGAUGAGGUUCUUGCAGAGGGUGAGGUGCUGGGAGUACCGUCAGCUUCCCUCCAUUGUCCGUGUUACUAGGCCUACUCGUCCUGACAAAGCACGUCGCUUGGGCUACAAAGCUAAGCAGGGCUAUGUGGUCUACCGUGUUCGUGUCAAGCGUGGUGGAAGAAAGAGGCCUGUUCCCAAAGGUAUUGUGUAUGGUAAGCCCACCAACCAAGGUGUUACCCAAUUGAAGUUCCAGCGCAGCAAGCGCUCUGUUGCUGAGGAACGUGCUGGUAGGAAGUUGGGCGGCCUUAAGGUUCUCAAUUCCUACUGGAUUAAUGAGGAUUCCACCUACAAGUACUUUGAGGUGAUCCUGGUUGACCAAGCCCAUGCUGCCAUCCGUAAUGAUCCAAGGAUUAACUGGAUCUGCAACCCAGUGCAUAAGCACAGAGAACUUCGUGGUCUCACUUCAGCUGGUAAGAAAUACAGGGGUCUCCGAGGAAAAGGUCACUUGCACCACAAAGCACGUCCUUCAAGAAGAGCAACCUGGAAGAGGAACCAAACUCUCUCUCUUCGCCGUUACCGUUAAUCUGCUUGGUAGUUUUGAGUCAUUGUUGUUGCCCAGUUUUGCCUUUUCUGUUAUAGCUCUAUUUAUCAUCUUUGGACAAUUCCUGCUAUUUACUUGGUUGUGUUGAGCAUCCUUUGUACUGUGGAUAAUCUGAACAUGAUUACUAUUCUAUCAAGGAACUGUUUUGGUAUA